AUGGGAUCAUGUGGGCUAGCGAGGUCACCGACCCAGCAUAACGAACAAGUACAACAGCAAGUGCAACCACAACAGCAGCAGCAGCGAGAGCAGCCUAGCGAGUCCAUACAGAGCACGAGCGGCAACAAACCAACUGGACGCCAAGGAAAGCUAGGAUUUCAGGUGCGCACACCGAAACCAAGCGUUACCCAAGAAGACCAGCAGUCUGGGUUACCUAAAGUGACGAAGUUGAGGCAAAAAAUUGAUGAACUCUACGAAUUCGGGAAAAGCAAGGGCAACAUGCACGGACAUAUCAAGGAUCUAAUGAUUACCAUCAAAUCCGCCGUAGCAGCAGCCGAAUGCGAACAUAUGGCGUUACUAGAGCGAGCUAAAAACGCCGAAAAUGCGCUGAAGUUCUCAGCGAUAGAAGAAGCAGAAGCCUAUGAGACACCGAAGGGCGGCCGGGAUUCUCGUUCUGUGAAAAGAAUAAGGGAAACGCCAGGAGAGGAGGAGGAACCGAAGAAGCCCAGGAAGGUCGGUGAAGGACAGCGAAAAAUCCGACAAUCGCAGAGUGGGCUAGCGAGGUCACCGACCCAGCAUAACGAACAAGUACAACAGCAAGUGCAACCACAACAGCAGCAGCAGCGAGAGCAGCCUAGCGAGUCCAUACAGAGCACGAGCGGCAACAAACCAACUGGACGCCAAGGAAAGCUAGGAUUUCAGGUGCGCACACCGAAACCAAGCGUUACCCAAGAAGACCAGCAGUCUGGGUUACCUAAAGUGACGAAGUUGAGGCAAAAAAUUGAUGAACUCUACGAAUUCGGGAAAAGCAAGGGCAACAUGCACGGACAUAUCAAGGAUCUAAUGAUUACCAUCAAAUCCGCCGUAGCAGCAGCCGAAUGCGAACAUAUGGCGUUACUAGAGCGAGCUAAAAACGCCGAAAAUGCGCUGAAGUUCUCAGCGAUAGAAGAAGCAGAAGCCUAUGAGACACCGAAGGGCGGCCGGGAUUCUCGUUCUGUGAAAAGAAUAAGGGAAACGCCAGGAGAGGAGGAGGAACCGAAGAAGCCCAGGAAGGUCGGUGAAGGACAGCGAAAAAUCCGACAAUCGCAGACUGGAGGUGUGAAACUGCCGUAA